CGCGCAGGGCAGUGGGGCCCGGCUCGGAGCCACCAUCCCGCAGCUCCGGAGCCCCCCACCCAGGGCUCCCCAGCUACCCCGCGACACCGGGAGAAAAGCGGGUAAAGGCGCGGAGAGGGACGGAAACCACAAAUAAAUAGCGGCGGCUGUAGCGCGUCAUCUGGCGGAGCAGGAAGUGCAGGCAGAGUCCGGGAGGCUGGUGCUUUCGGCGCGUCCCCAGGACUUUGCCAUGGGCUGGGGGCCGCGGAGGCUGCGAGCUGCGGGGCGAGGGCAGGGACCGCGGCGCCCGCACCGAGGCUGAGCGAACAGCGACGCGCGGGGCGCACGGAGAUGGCAGCGUCCAGCAACUCCAGCCUGUCCGGCUCCUCCGUGUCCUCUGAUGCUGAAGAAUACCAGCCUCCAAUAUGGAAAUCAUACUUGUAUCAGUUGCAGCAAGAGGCACCUCGUCCCAAGAGGAUAAUUUGUCCUCGGGAGGUGGAAAACAGACCAAAAUAUUAUGGAAGAGAGUUUCAUGGGAUUAUCUCCCGGGAGCAGGCUGAUGAGCUUCUGGGAGGUGUGGAGGGUGCCUACAUCCUUCGGGAAAGCCAACGCCAGCCAGGAUGUUACACGCUAGCGCUAAGGUUUGGAAACCAGACCUUAAACUACCGGCUCUUCCACGAUGGGAAGCAUUUCGUAGGCGAGAAGAGGUUUGAAUCCAUUCAUGAUCUGGUGACAGAUGGCUUGAUAACGUUGUACAUAGAAACAAAAGCUGCUGAAUACAUUUCCAAAAUGACAACUAACCCCAUCUAUGAACACAUUGGAUAUGCAACCCUACUCAGAGAAAAAGUAUCCAGAAGGCUGAGCAGGUCAAAAAAUGAAUCAAGGAAAGCAAGUGUCACCAAUGAAGAACACACACCCGUGGAAAAGAUCUCCUCCCUGGUUCGAAGGGCUGCCCUCACACACAACGACAACCAUUUCAACUAUGAGAAGACACACAACUUCAAGGUCCAUACAUUCCGAGGCCCUCACUGGUGUGAAUAUUGUGCCAAUUUCAUGUGGGGGCUGAUUGCCCAAGGAGUCCGCUGCUCAGACUGUGGGUUGAAUGUACACAAGCAGUGUUCCAAGCAUGUUCCCAACGACUGCCAACCUGAUCUCAAGAGGAUCAAGAAAGUGUAUUGCUGUGACCUCACCACACUCGUAAAAGCCCACAACACGCAGAGGCCCAUGGUGGUUGACAUAUGUAUCCGAGAAAUUGAAGCAAGAGGAUUAAAGUCAGAAGGGCUUUACCGAGUCUCUGGGUUCACAGAACACAUCGAAGAUGUCAAAAUGGCAUUCGAUAGAGAUGGUGAAAAGGCAGAUAUAUCUGCCAGUAUUUAUCCAGACAUCAACAUCAUCACUGGAGCCCUGAAACUGUAUUUCAGAGACUUACCCAUCCCUGUCAUCACAUACGAUACCUAUUCCAAAUUUAUAGAAGCAGCAAAAAUCUCCAAUGCUGAUGAGAGGCUGGAAGCAGUUCACGAAGUGUUGCUGCUGCUGCCUCCUGCCCACUAUGAGACCCUGCGAUACCUAAUGAUCCACCUCAAGAAGGUGACUAUGAAUGAAAAGGACAAUUUCAUGAAUGCAGAAAAUCUGGGGAUAGUGUUUGGGCCCACGCUGAUGAGGCCUCCCGAGGACAGCACCCUCACCACGCUCCAUGACAUGCGGUACCAGAAGCUUAUCGUGCAGAUUUUAAUAGAAAAUGAAGAUGUUUUGUUCUAAUCUAUCAUGGAAAGGCCCUCGCCCUCUCCAAGCUGAUAGAGCAAAAGAAAUAAAAAUGUUUCUUACACUUGCUUUUUAAACAAGUGACAGAAUUUCCUGGACCACAGUGGAUUGCAGAGUUGGGAGCCAGGUCUCAGUCAUACCCCCCCCCCCCCCCCCUAUGUGAGAACAAGGGUUAGGGUGGGAAAAUCCCUGGCCUUGGGUCUUUUGCUGUGCCUCGUAUGUAUGUCUGUUUUGCUGGAAGAGUGAUUAAUAAAUCUUUCUUUAACUUAUUAAACAAUGUAGACCAUUAAGCUUCAGUCUUAUCAGUAACGAAAGGGAACUUAAUUCAGAAAGGUACUUGAUACUGUUAGACAUUUUUCGCUUACACAAAGAAGACAAUUCUAUAUGUUAAAUGUUAAAUGAAACCUAUAUUGUAAAAUGUAUUUUUAUGUUGGCUGCAAGAAUGUUAUUUUAUUUGAGCAAAUAGAAUUCAAUGCAGUGCAUUGAUUGAUUAUACCCUGCAUUCUUUGUCCUGCAUUCUUGCUGUGAUGCCCAGAAAAUGCUGACCACAAAUGCAGUAGUAUCUUGAACAUACCUCUCAUCCUUACCAGUGAUUUUCCAUGAGAUUUUUACUUCCCACAUAUGUACUAGCUUUUUGGACAGCUUUUGCUCUUAAGCACUUGCAUUCUGCUAUUGUAUAGUAUACAUUCAUAGCAAUUAGAGAAUGGCCUGAUACAAAUUUUCUUUUGAUAAAUGUGUUGAGAAUUCCCAAAGGAUAUCAUAGAAUUAUUCACAGCUUUCCCCUAUGAUGAGUGAGUCACCUAGAACAUGCAGAAUGUGGUCAUCUUGAAAUGAUUAGAGAACACUGGAUGUAUCUGGGCCAUGUUUAUUUUUUUGAUAGCACUUUUCCUCUUUCUCUUUUCUUCCCAGCCAGGACCUGUGAGUUAUAGUAAUGGCACAUGGGAUUCUUGUUUCCUCUUGUCAUGUUUCUGUAUCAAUGCAAUGAACCUGCAGAAUAAUUGUGGAUUUUUUGUUUGUUUUCAUUUUAGAAACAAACCUAUUUUUUAAAGUAAGAAUGAAUAAUGUUGAUUUUUACCAAAUAUGUGUUCCUCCUUAAUAAAAAAUCUCUCUGUAUGGGAAAUAAUAAUUAAAUAUGAUUUAUUACUAUAGUUUCAUCCUGUUGGUUAUAUUUAUCUUAGCAUGAGCCUUUCACACCAAGAUUUCUAUAUUUUGUAACAUAAGUGAACUAUUUAAAACAUUGAAAAUUGUAAACCUCCUAUUUCUUUUUAAAAUUCAACUGCAGUGUCUGAAAUGAUUGUCUGAAAUGAUUCAUGUAAUUACCCGUCUUGCUUUGGAGUGGAUAGAAGAGAAUUGCUGUGUGUCAGAUGGAAUAAAAAGAGGACCAAAGUGAGUUGUUUCCUGGGAAGAUGCCCCUCCUCGGCCCUGCCAUUGGCCUGUGCUGCGUCUGGAUCUCAAAUUGGUUCUCCCUGGUCCUCUUCUCAGUGCUCCUCCCAACUGUACAGUUUUGUUUUGUUGUAGUUUACGUACUUCUUGAUACUGUCAAAGAUUAUCUGGAAACAGUUUUAUUUUGUGAAGUGAACAAUACUUUGUAAUUUAUGAUAGUGUAAAUGGAAG